UCGACAUUUACUGUCCGGAAUCCACCCAAGCAUGCACCGCGAGAGGUGCCAACGCCUUUGGUUUUAUGUUCAGCGUCACAUUGGGAUUUGAGAACACAGAAUAACCUCAUCCCCCAGUCAUUUGCUUCGAUGCUCGCAGAGAAAGGUCAUACUUGCAUUGAAGUCGAUUUCGGACCACCUGGUGAGAGCGAAAAAUGCUCCAGCUCACAGAAUCUCAUGGAUCGCUUGAGUGAAGAGCUCAAAGUCAACUUGGGCCUUUCCGGCAGUCCAUUUCCACCCGUAAUAUUCGCGCGAGGCAUUGCUUCUCUCAUCGCACAGACGUAUAUCUCUUCCUACCCAGCCCAGGGAUUGUUUAUGAUUUCCCCUCCGCUAUCCAAUGCGUCAUUGUUCCCUAGCGUUCUUCCCAGCCCGCUGGAAGAAUUUGACUACGAACUCAAGUUCCCCGUCGCAGUUAUGGCCCGUCCAGCGGAAAUGAAUCAGCUAAGGAAGUAUAGCCGGCUGGGUCAAAAUGAGUUGGUCGACUUGAUUGAACGUGUCGACUUAGAAGGUCAGGAUGCUUUCAUGAAAAUAGAGCAGUGGUUAGACGAACUGGGGAUUUGA